AUGUCUAUCACCGAAACAGCGCCUGAAGGCCCUUUCGUCGAGAUGCAUGGCUACCCAUUUUCCGGCGUCAACCAAUUUCCGGUAUUCCACGUGAAGAAGAUCACUUACCGAAACGACCCUAUCUUGCCUUUAUCGGCUGCUGGUCAUCUGGCGGACGAAACUCAAACAAUGGUCGGUCCUCUCACUGCCGCACAGAUUAUGAAGCUAGCUGUAAAACUGCUCACUUUCAUCUAA